GCAGCGCGGGGACUGGGGCCAGCACACGAGGCUGACCGCGCCAGGGGCCGGGGAGCGCGGCGCGGGGAGUCGGGAUCCGGGAGAAGUCCGCCGGGCAUUUGAGAGGACAGGGCAGGGCUCAGGUGAGAGGAGAGAGGCGCAGGUAGGGGUGGACAGGACCAAGUGGGGACGGGGUCGGAGGUCAGAUGAGCGGCCAGGCCAGCAGGGGUCAGGAGCAGGCGGCCGGGCAAAGGAAACGGUUGUGGGGCCCCGGUACCACGUGUUAUUCCAGUCAGGAAGCUUGCGGUGCAACUGCAGUGUGCCUGGAGCGCCCUCCCGCACCCCGCCUCAGCUCCGGGGUGCCCGCCGCCCCGCCCCGGCCUGCCCCGCUGGGAUAGGCCACUUGGCGACUUCCCGCUGCGCCGCAAAUAGCCACAGGCCAGAAUAACUGGUCUCCCUGACGACGUGCCACCCCCGCCCAAGGGCAUCAAAGGGCCCUGGAGUCUGUGGUCACUAGCAGAGCUGGGGUGGCACCUGCUGAGCUGCUUCCUUAGAAUGUGUGAACCACGAGACGCACGCCCCCCUACACCCCCACCCGUGGGGUGAGAAUAAUUCCUCCAGUUCAGGACUGUGGUUAUUAGUUCGUAGUCAAUAUUCAGUCUCUCUCUUAGGAGGGGCUUUGGAAGGAAGACAAUUAGAAAUUCACUCAUUUUAUUCAUUCAACAAACAUUUAUUGCUGCUUCUCACUGGCCAGACCUAUGGCUGAGUAGCAAUACCCCUCAACUGCUUGCCCAGAGGUCCCACCUUCUGAAGAGAAAGCCAGCGGGACAGUAAGCAGGGCUGGUUCCCAGACAGCACACCCGUCCUAACAAUGGAAAGUCAAAAAGUUGCGUGAGACCCCUACCCCACCCCAAGCCCCAGAGUUGGGGAGCCCUGGGAGAGAGAUCAGUGCUCCUUCUGCCAACAGACCUACCCUCCACCUUCAGCCUUUGCUCUUCUCCCUAAACAUGGGGUUCCAGUAUCCGGUCAUUCCACCCCACCAAGGCAGAGAGGUCAGAGACCAUGUGUGGAGGAGACAGAGGCCUGGGACUGUGGGGUGAGGCUGGUGUCCUCUCCUCUCUGGAGAGCCCUGUCCUGGUCUUUCCUGGUCUCGCUCAACCCUGAGGAUUCCUUGUGAAUUUAAGGGUCUGUUUCCUGCAGCCUGGAGAUGACAAUCCAGUUGUCUCCACCCACCGUGGCCCCAAACUAGGCUGACGAUUGUGCCCGGAGCUUCCCGGACAUGGAAGGACUGGAAGAUGAGCAGCCAGUAUUACCUGUCCUGAGGUCUGGCACCUGUCAGGCCAGGAGAGUGUGCUCUCUUUAUACCUUCUGCCUGUCCUCCAUGUCCUGGGGAGUCCCUUCCCCUUCUUUGGCCCUUUUGGCUAUAGGGCAGUUGCGUGAUAGGAGGGGGCGUGUGUGUGUAUGUGUGUAUUUGCAGGCAUAACUUACUCUGGUGGGGAGGUGUGGCAGUGGUCAUCCUGGGUUGAGAGCAGCUGAGUUAGAAAAGGAAGGGCCGGCUUUCUACAUCAAGGUUCCAGAAACUCCCCUCACCUAUAUUCUAACCUGUUCUGGGGCUUUCCCCAGGUGGCUGUGGGUGGAGCUUCCUAGUGGAAGAACAAGUGUAACCAGACUCCUGACUUCCUGAGAAAGGGUGGCUCCCUCCUUAAUUUAAAACCCAGGAUAAUAAUUCCUUUCUAGGGCACUGGGAAUUAAAUGAGAUGACCUAUAUGAAAUACAUGUGUUUGAUGGAUGUUUUGUCUUCUGCUGAUAACCCCCUUUGAAAGGUAGGAGAUAGCAAUCUUUUUCUGGACUACUUGGGCCUCAAUCCAAAAGUGAAGUAACUUUUUUUUUUUGUUUGAGUUUGUGAGUUUUGUUGUUCUCUUGGCUCUCCUGAUAAAGCAGGAGGAAAUGGGCUGUAAAUUGCAACUUAAGGGAUUUAGGGAAAGGAAUAAUUUCCUGAGGUUCUGGAAUAGUCAGCGAAAGAUUUUGGUCUCAAAGUCCUUUGCAAACAGGAGGCAUCCCACAUUUGUGGGAUGUUUGGUGUGUCCUACUUCCAGAAGGCAGGAGCAUGGCAUAGAACUCUCAUAAUUCCCACCCCCAACAGAUUCUGUUAGUCCCUGAAUUACUCUGUGCCUCAGUUUCCCCACCUGUGUUAGGAAGAUGGUUGUUCAUCAGGCAGGUGGUGAGGAUUGUGCAACAAGUCUGUGCAGGUUGCAAGCAAGGUGUGGUAACAGCUCUGAGUGUUCCGGGUCACUGACUGUUCUCACCAUCAUAGCAUUCGUAACAUCCUUAUUUACUGUGAUGGGGGUUCUCCCCAGGAGUCAUGGCUGGGCCACUGAGUGCUGGUUUUUACCAGUCCCACGAAAGCCAGAUCUGAAGCUCUAAAGAGCAAGGCAGCCGUUUCCACUAUUUUAGUGCCCCACUUUUUUCCAGGGGGCUGCUAAUUCUUUGCAGGAGUGGCAAACACUGGCACCAAACCCUGUUGCCUCCUGGCUCCUCGUAGGCACAGCUUCAUGGCCAAAGUCCUUCUCUCUUACCCUGUGGUUUCACUCACUCAAGGGUUUAUGUGAGAAUUUAGGGCUAUUCUUUCUCUCUUUCCCCGGCUCCAGACACCACUGGAGCCCCAGAGGCAAGCUGCUUUUCCCUUAGUUUGGGCAGAACUGUUGAACUAGGGGAACAGGGAAAAAAGACUGAGCAGAAAUGAGGGUGGAGUGGAGAUCACCUGGAUGCUUUCCACUGCCACUGAGUGACCCUCAGGCUGCUGAUGCAACCAGUCCCCUACUGUAGGCCAGGGAGAAUGUCCUGAUUCGGUGCUUCCUAUUUGCAAGGGGGAGUCUUUGCUGGAGCCCUGGAACUGGUCCCAUUGAGAGAAGUCUGUCUUAGGACAUUUUGCAGGGGUGAGAGGUACGCCAUUGUAAUUCUCCUGAAAUAUCAGGAACUCUCCAGCUCAGAGAUGGACUUUGCCCUCUGCUUCACCACCAGGAGAGGAGGCUUUUAGGUUUGCCUUGAUUUCCAAGAUUCCUUCUUGCUAGAAUAAUUUCUCCUUUUAGAUCAUUAAUGGGCCAAGUCUACUGAUCUUGAUCAGGGAAAGCGAAAUGUUUGGUCCUGUGCUCUUGCUUGCAGCCCUGAAAUCCUGGAAGUCCCAGUGUGUGACAGGUGGCCUUGCAGGGGCUUUUGGCUGCUGUUGAACAGGUUGAGAAUUGAAAGGGCAAGAAUCAAAGUUACGGGGAUGUAAGAUCCCUGUCCUGGGCCCAGCCAGGUUCCAGUACCCACAGUCUGAUGCUAUCAGGCGUUCUUCACUUUCCUGAGGUUGUGAAUCAACCUGUUGUAUAAUCUGCCGCCCAGAAUUCAAAGCCCUUAGCCCAGGAGCAGCUGGGCCUUGGAGAUGUUUGCUCGUGACCUUUUGUCUCACCACACCCUGGGGCUCUUGGGAGGAGCUGAGGUCUGAGCUGCAGUGCCAGGAUGCUGCCUCUGUCACUACGGGCAUUCGGCUGCCUUCCUGGGUCCCGUCACAUCCUUCUUGCUCAACCAUCGGCUGCACAGGAUGGAAACUGCUCUCUCUUGUUUGGAAGACAGCGCGGGGCUCGGCUUCAUCGAGCUGUGGUUGGACACUGAAGCGGCAGCCCCUUUCUCAGGCUUUCUGUAGCCAGUUCGCGUUGGAGGAAAGGGUAGCGCUCCAUGCCCCACAGGCCCGAGAAGAGGGAAGGACCAGUGAGAGGCGGGAUGCUCAGGCUGUUCCAGAAAUGGGUGCCUCGACUCCGAGCAGGAUCUGCCCAGGACAAUUCGGAAGAAGCUGCCAAGGAGUCAGAAAGGGCCCAGGAGCACUGUCUGACCAAUUUUGCUGGAGGACAGCAUUUCUUCGAAUACCUCCUCGUUGUCUCCUUAAAAAAACGGCGAUCAGGGGAGGAUUAUGAGCCCACGAUCACCUACCAGUUUCCCAAGCGGGAGAACCUGCUUCGGGGCCAGCAGGAGGAGGAGGAGCGGCUGCUUAGCGCCAUCCCCUUGUUUUGUUUCCCAGAUGGGAACGAGUGGGCGCCCCUCACUGAGUAUCCCAGGGAGACCUUCUCCUUCGUUCUGACCAAUGUGGACGGGAGCAGGAAGAUUGGAUACUGCAGGCGCCUCUUGCCCGCCGGCCCCGGCCCUCGCCUCCCCAAGGUGUACUGCAUCAUCAGCUGUGUCGGCUGCUUCGGCUUGUUCUCCAAGAUCCUGGAUGAAGUGGAGAAGAGACACCAGAUCUCCAUGGCAGUCAUUUACCCGUUCAUGCAGGGCCUCCGAGAGGCGGCCUUUCCCGCUCCUGGGAAGACUGUCACCCUUAAGAGCUUCAUCCCCGACUCAGGCACUGAGUUCAUCUCGCUGACACGGCCCCUGGACUCCCACCUAGAACACGUGGAUUUUAAUUCUCUGUUGCAGUGUCUCAGUCUCGAACAGAUUGUUCAGAUCUUUGCCUCCGCAGUGCUGGAGAGAAGACUCAUCUUCCUGGCUGAAGAUCUCAGCACCCUGUCUCAGUGCAUCCACGCUGCUGCUGCGCUGCUCUACCCCUUCAGCUGGGCGCACACCUACAUCCCCGUCGUCCCCGAGAGCCUGCUGGCCACGGUCUGCUGCCCCACCCCCUUCAUGGUUGGAGUGCAGAUGCGCUUUCUGCAGGAGGUCACGGAGAGCCCCAUGGAGGAGGUCCUGUUGGUGAAUCUUCGUGAAGGAACCUUCUUAAUGUCAGUUGGUGAUGAAAAAGACAUCUUACCACCCAAGCUUCAAGAUGACAUCUUAGAUGCUCUUGGUCAGGGGAUCAAUGACUUGCAGACUUCAGAACAAAUCAACGAGCACGUUUCAGGCCCUUUUGUGCAGUUCUUUGUCAAGACUGUGGGUCACUAUGCUUCCUAUAUCAAACGGGAAGCAAAUGGGCAAGGCCACUUCCAAGAACGGGCCUUCUAUAAGGCUCUGAACUCCAAGGCCAACCGCCGAUUCGUGAAGAAGUUUGUAAAGACACAGCUCUUCUCCCUUUUCAUCCAGGAAGCUGAGAAGAGCAAGAACCCUCCUGCAGGCUACUUCCAACAGAAAAUACUUGAAUAUGAGGAGCAGAAGAAACAGAAGAAAUCAAGGGAAAAGACUGUGAAAUAAGAGCUGUGGCGCGCAGGAGUGAUUGGACCUACACGCCAGUUUUGGACUUGUCCCCUGCCGGCACGGCAGGAGCAGCGAAGCUCCACAGCCUUCUUCCAAGUCCUGGUAACCAGGUCUUGCUUCGAGCCGGUGUCUUGAGUCUGGGAUCCUUGGAAUCAGCUAUCUCAAGAUUUGAAAAGGCUCUGACCUCUGUACCCACAGAGCUGGGCACAAAACUGCAUUUUCUGCAGAGGUGACACAAAGCACGAAACAGUAGCAUAGGUGUUGCAGAGACUUAGAAGUUGUUCUAACUGCCUUGUUCCAGGAACCACUAUGACCAAAUCCUCAACGGAGAAAGUGGCUGUGACCCAAAGGCUCAGGCUGUCCACAUGAAAAACAGAGAGGCCUGUGGACAUGAGGAUGAGAAUAAAGGUGAACUCUUCUUGUUGUGGGUAAUGUGUAUCUUUGGUUUCCACCAUGGGAGGUGGUGGCAGAACAAGGAAGACAAGGAAUGCAGAUGGGAGAAUAAACUGGACUAGAAGUAGAGGACCUGGUCCUACCGGCCCAGAACUCUGGGGCUGUUUUGAGUGGCAGAAUUAUAGGGGUCAGCAGCUCCGCUUCUCACAGGAAGGACAAGGGAUACUGGUCCUAGCAGCAACAACAAUGGGGACAGGACAGCGGUUGUUGGUUCUAGUCCGGUGAGCUUUCCAGACUCCUGAGAGGAAAGGCUGCUAGCCGCAAUGCAGCAUGCACAGGCUCGGGAAACUUAAGGGUAGGAACUCAGUGACGGAAGGCAGUGAAGAACACCACACUGCUUCCAUAAACAGGCCUGUCUACCCACCACUUCCGGUUUGGAACCUUCUGUUUUAGAGAUCUGCUUCCUACUUUGUUAUUUUGAGAAGCCCAGUUCAACUCUUUGUUAAAGGUGAAGGGAUCCCUGCACAGACAAUUCUCCCUUUGAGAAAAGAGAAUCCCAAUCUGAAGUCCAAAGGGGCUUAGUGGUCACCUAGUCCAUCUUCCCUCUGCACCUCCACCGACAGCUUCUGUUUAAACGCUGUAGGAGACAGGAAACUUUUGGCAUCUUGUCUUUCAAACAUUCCAUCUUAUUAAUGUGUGUGUCAAUGUGAUCCUCAGAGGCCCCUGAAUCUUAUACAAAGAAUACAAAUGUUUUAAAAGUGUGAGACAGGGGUCCGGGGUUACCAAAUUGACAUGAAAGCCAAUGAGAUUUGAUUUGGGGGCACAGAAACUUACUGCAAGUGGCAUGUGUUCCACUGUCCCCACAUGCCACCCAUAACUAUGCCACAAUUGUUCACAGCUUCUGAGAGUCAUUGAAUCUUUUUAGGUAGUUUAUGGCAAUGUUUUCUAAACCUAGUUGUCCCUUAAAAGGUUUUAGAACAAGGACGGAAUCCUGGGAAGCUUAUGAAAAUACUUUCUGAGGCCCCUCCCAAACUUACCAAAUCAUCUCUAGAGACAGGACCUGGGAACUUGUAUUUUAAAGCUUCUUAAGGUGAUCUUGAUACCUAACCAGGUAUAUGAUCACAAGAAGAAUCAUGGCCAGUUGAGGUUUACUAUAAAUGUACCCUUAAUAUGACACUGAUGGUAUCUAGAGCUGAGGGAAGCACACGCCAAAGAUGUGAGUGUUUUCCAGAUUCAAUCUGUGCUGGAAAAGAUUCUAGCAUCUCAGUUUACGGCUUUUGCCCACUAAAACCUAGUAUGGUAUAGGAAAGAACACUGGACCAGGAUUCAGAAGAUCCAGAUUCUGGUCCCCAUUCAAAAAUGUAACAACUGUGGGACACUGGCGUGCUUUGUCCUAGCUUUCAAAAGUUGGUCUGCCCUAGCCUUUUCCUGUAUGUACUUCUCCACCUACCCCAGAUUCUGGAGAAGUUGCUAGCAAGCAAAGAUAAUGAGAGAUUGCCCUUCUUGCUAUAGUGUAGCGAAGAAAUUAAACAUUUCACUGUUCACUGCUAAUCCAGAUUACAUGGGAUUGAUGGGACCCCAAGUGCAAGAAAGCAGAGCUCCGGCUGCCAGGCGAGGCAAUCAGCUAUUGUUUAUCCAUGAUUUUGGAAACGGGGCAUAAAUAAAAAUAACAAAAUACUUCAUUUCAGCCAAUA